GCUGUGCCCCGCGCGCCGUGGGAGGAGAGCGAGGAGACGCAUGACGUGGCAGACGCGGUGGUCGCGGUGGUGCCGUGUCGCCCGGCGAAGGACUCGCUGGCGAGGGACGUGCGAUGGCUGCAGCUGAUGCUGUCGCUCGCACGCUUCGCCAGUCAGGGAAACCCCAGCCGGGCCCGGGAGGUGGCGGCCCAGACCGCUCUGUUCUCCGCUGAACCCCCCCAGCUGCACGCCAUUCACUACGUGGGGCGCAAGCCGUGGUACUGCUUCCGCGACUUUGACUGCAACCGCGUGCUGCCGUACAUGCAGAAGUUCGUCAACGACGCGGCACACAGGCGCUGGUGGCAGGUGCAUGAUGCCAUGGACGAGAGGCUCAAGCCCUGGUGCUGGCUGAGUGAGGAGCAGAAGGAGCAGCUGUGGGAUGCCAUGGAUAAGCGCAGGCAGGAGGGGGCUGACCCUGAGAUGUGGAACUUCACAGUCACCGAUCCGAGAAAAGACCUGGUGCUGCCUUGGGGGGUGGAAGUAGUGGGGAGGAAAGGUGGCCAACGAACGUUGAGCGAGUGGCUUGGAGGUCGGAACUGGCACUAGCAGCAGCUCGUAGACCUCCU